ACAGAAUACAGAUACAUACUCAUCAUAUACAGGCCGGCCGGAUACUACGGUCUACGAGGUCACACCACCGAUCGAGCUCCAGCGCGUUUCUUUUUCUUCGGACCGUAAGAGAGAAGCGGCAAGCAAAUGGAGGAGUGGGAGCCGCUGCGGAGCGCACGAUGCAGCCCCGCCGCCACCCCAAGCUCCCUGCUGCAGGACGAGCUGGCCGCACACGAGGUGUUCGUCGCGGUGCCCGAAGAGGUCAGCGACGGGAGGAGCACCCUUCUGUGGGCGCUGCGCAAUCUGGUCAAGGACGGAUCCAAGCUUGCCAUAGCUCAUGUCCAUUAUUGCCCUGCGCCAGCGAUCGCCCAGAACAGGAGUCAUACCAGCAUGAAACCAGAAGAAAUCAAGGAGUACAGAAAGCAGAAGCGAGCAAAGGCCGAGAAGAGUCUAGAUGCGUAUGUGCAGAUGGCAAAGGCUGUUACAUUUCAGGUUGCCUGUGCGAAAGUAAUAAUCGAGACGGAUGAUGUAGCUGAAGGACUUGAGGAGCUCAUCUCUCUUAAUAACGUAACUGAGUUUGUCAUGGGAGCAGCUGCAGACCGACACUUCUCUAGAGAAAUGAACACGCCAAAGUCGAUGACAGCGCUCAAGCUUUUCAAGACAGCAGCUCCAUCAUGCAAGAUGUGGUUUACUUGUAAAGGUCAUUUGAUAUGUACCAGGGAAGCAAAUGAAAGCCUUCCUGCCAUACUUGCAUCACCUGAAAAAAGCAACGCGCCGCUGUCACCGGCGCACAACGUUUCAAGUCAAAUGGGAUCAAUGGCAACCGAGUUAGAAUACAAAGAAUCAAGCCACAAAGGAUACAUUUCAAGCUCAUCGGCUGCAGCAGAAAUGACGGAAUGGGAUUAUCUUUUUGGAGAUUGGAGAAUGAUAGUUUACGGGUCAUCAGGAACUGACGAUGCUGUCAGCUUCUCUGAAACUGCUGCUCUACCUUCAGUUAUUGGCGAUACACAUGAAACAACACAAGUGGUGCAUUUUACAACUCAGGAACCUGAUAGCACCUACUUGUUGCUAGCAUCAACAUAUAAUCAGGAAGACGAACCCAGUGUACAUGAAGAAAAGUAUGAGAAGCUUCAAGAUUCAUGCAUUGAAGCUAAGUUGUUAAAGGAUGAAGCUGAUGAUGAUGAAUCUAACAAAAUCCGGAAAGCUGAAAUGGACCUGCUUUCAGCACUUCAAAGAAUUAAAGAGUUGGAAGAUUCAUAUAUUCACGAGGUGAGCCAGCGAAAAGAAAUUGAGAAGACGCUUGCUAGACAAAGGUUGGAGAUUGAUGAAAUGAGGAGACAACGGUGCACGCUAUCUGAUAAAUUACAUGAUUCGGAUAAGCAUAAGCUUGUACUUGAACAACGUAUAACACAAAUUAAGUCAGCUGCAAAAGAUCACGUGGAAGAGAUUACUGAACAUUUUAUAAGACAAUCAAGUGAGGAAUCUAAAAAACACCAAAAAGUCAAAAUGGGUCUGCUUUCAACACUUCAAAGAGUUAAGGAGGUUGAGAGUUUGCUACAGAAUGAGAAGGCACAGCGGGAAUAUAUGGAGGAGAAGGUAUCAAGACAGAGAACAGAGAUCGAAGAAACAAGGAGGCAACGAGAUAAACUGUACCAUGACUUGCAAGAUUUAAAAGAGCAGAAGCUCAAACUGGAACAAGUUGGUAUGUCUGAAGAAACUAACAGAAGAAGAAAAGCUGAGAGAGAUCGGCUCUCAUACCUUCAAAGGAUUAAAGACCUGGAGCACCAGCACAUACAUCAGGUGAAAAAGCAGGAAACAAUGGAGGAGACAAUGACAAGACAGAAGGAAGAAAUCCAAGCAUCGAAAAGAAAGCUACAUGAGACACAUGGCAAACAUAUGUCUGAGAUAAAGUCCGCCGUGAAGGUUCAUGAAGAAAAGCUCGCCGACAGCAAGCAGCUUCUCCAAGAGCUCCAAGCGAAGCAUGACAAGCUACUGCGUGAGAGAGACACCGCAGCUAUGGAAGCCAAAGAGUCACGCCAAAAGAACAAGCAAAGAGCCUUAGGGACGACUGAAACUGCGAACACCGAGUUCUCGAUUGUCGAGCUGCAGAAAGCAACCAGAGGAUUCGAUGCGGAACUCAAGAUCAGCGAAGAUGGAUUUGCAAGCGUCUACAGAGGUUUCGUCCGCAACACAGACGUAGCAAUAAAGUUGUUCCAUUCGCGAAGCUUAAAAGGGCAGGCAAGAUUUUACCAAGAGGUUGCUGUCCUCAGUAGGGUGAGGCAUCCUAACAUUGUCACGCUGGUAGGAGUAUGUCCCGACGACUUCGCGCUGGUGUCCGAAUUCCUCCCAAACGGCAGUCUCGAGGAUUGGCUCUCGUGCAAGAAAAGCAUGCCGCCUCUGACAUGGAAGGCGCGCACAAGGAUCGUCGGGGAGAUAUGCUCAGCCUUGGCCUUCAUCCACUCACACAAGCCAUAUCCGAUCGUUCACGGCGAUCUGAACCUGGGAAACAUCCUCCUUGACGCCAAUUUCGUCAGCAAGCUGGGAGGCUUGGGCAUCUGCUGCCUUCUUCUAGGUGGUGGUGAAGACGACAUAACGGCCACCAGCCUGCGAAGCCGCCCUUCAGCAGCAGACCGUAGUAAGGGAACACUCCGCUACACGGAGCAGGGCGGUGGAUUCAAGUCGGCAGCGGAGCUCAUGCUGUGGUCCGACGUGAACUCGUUCGGCGUCACCAUCCUUCGCCUACUGACAGGGCGAUCGCAGCAAGGGAUCGGUGAGAUGGUGGAGGAAGCGAUGGAGAAAGGGAACUUGCACUCGAUCAUCGACGCCUCCGCGGGGGAGUGGCCUCUCGUGCAGGCCAGCCAGAUGGCGCAUCUUUUGGGCUUAGGUGCGUCACCCUGGGCUCGGGGCGCCAGCCAGAUCUCGCCGGGGAGGUGUGGGAGGAGGUCGAGCAACUGAUGAAAGCCGCUUGCUUGACCGCCGGGGCAUCAAGAUUUGCGUCGUCGUCAGAAGACGAUCCGCCUCCAUCGUACUUCAUCUGUCCGAUUUUUCAGGAGGUGAUGAGUGACCCCCACGUGGCAGCAGAUGGGUUCACAUACGAAGCCGAAGCGAUCAGGGGAUGGCUCGACGGCGCCAGCACGUCGCCGAUGACAAACCUGAGGCUUGCACACCGCAUGCUCACCCCGAACAAGGCGCUCCGUUCAGCGAUUCUCGAGUGGCAACAGAAACAGCACGGGAGAUGAGAUGAUGCUUUCACUGGGUGUGGAUGUGGAUGUCAGCAGCUCCUCCAGAUGCUUCAUCCGUCCAUCUUGUGUCCGGGCGCAGUGCACAGGGUUUUUAAAAACCAAAAGGGGAUGUUUCUUGUGUCCGGAACACAGCGCGCAAAAUCAAUUUAAGAUGUGUUUGAAUGUAGUAGAUCUAAAAAUUUUAGUAAAAUUAGCUAGCUAACUGUUAACUAUUUUACUAAAAAUAACUAAUAGUUAUGUUUAGUGUUGGGGUCGUGCUUCGGUGCGCCGAAGGUCUCACACGAAGAAGCAGCUUCGGCCGAAGUCGUCUCCAAGAGAUGGCCGAAGGUCCCUUUUCAUGGAGCUUCGGCGUUUUAAACCGACAUAGAGAUAGAAUGACCUUUUUAUACAUAUAGGUCUGAGUCAAUGCUGUAAACUUUCGCAAGGGGCAUAAUUGUAAUUUGUCACAGGCUGCGACCUGUGCCUAUAAAUAGAUGAACAGUACCUCUGUACUGUUCACGUGAACCUGUCAUUUGCUUUCGCAUCACGCUUGUACUUUUGCCUUCCGCAGGACCGAAGGUACAUUUGUAAUUCAAAGUCAUUUAUAUUCAUUAAUACAAGUAG